AUGUCACCUGAACGGUUGAGCGCGUGCGAAAUGGUCGCUGAAGUUGCCAAGCAGGUCUACGCUUUGGUGAUGGAAUGCGGCAUUCGCCAACGACAACGAGUUGCGGGAGAAGUUGGAACGAGGCUGGGGCAAAUUGCUCAAGAGUCAUUCGCUGGUUACGAGCUUGAAGAUGCGGCUGAGGAAGCUGCCGCAAAGUUGCUGCAUACGCUGCUUGAGGUCUGCAUGUUUCCGACUCCGGCGGGGAGCCAGACCAUACCCAGGCAAUCUUAUAUGCACAUCAUGACGCUGGCAAGACCAGAUAACAGGUCAAGGCUGAAAAACUCUAUUUCUAUGUCCUUCAUUGCCGACGAAACACUCCCAUCCAAAGCGAAAGAGCAAUGCGACGCGUUUUUGGCUAAGUUAAGCCAGGAUGAGCCAAAGAACAAGACUGGUCUUGACCAGCUCACAACAGGAUCGGCGUUGCCAGAACCAGAUGAUUAUCCUCAGCAUGUCAGCAGAAAUCUCUUCAAGGCUCUUCACCAGCAUGCGUUUUGUCAUCACGCAGAAAUGCCGCAGCAGAAAUCUUGGCUGGAUAAAUCCAAGAAGGUAAAGCCUCAUCAUCAUAAGCUCGCCCAUCCCAUCAGACUCCACCUUGACGCAACGCCACAUAUACAGAGUAGGCAUGCCCAAUUCGAAGUUGUGAUAUCAUCUGAGAAUAUGAGUUACUGGCAGCAUUUGUGGCUGGGUAUACCCAUGCAGACGAAAGGGCGCCGUGGUGCUGUCAAGUUUGCAGACGUUUCCAGUGACGAAGAGAGAGAUAGUAAAAUUUCUACACUGAAACGGAUCAACUCGGAUUACUUCUGCCAAGUGUUGAAACAUCAACUAUUUGCCAAAGUCAAUCUUAACUUCGUUAAGGGCGUCGGUCUUGUAUCAUUACCGCCACCCGCUCCUCUUGAACGGUUUCUGUGCCCAGGCCAAGGACUUCCACUUUCUCUGGUGAUCCAAAGCUACAAACUCACUGACAAAGACAAGAUCUUACUUGCUCAUGCAAUUGCACAUUCCUUCUGGCAAUUCUAUGAAUCUGAGUUGAUGAGAAACCAUUGGACAAGCGAUGACAUCUGGUUUAUGCAUGAAAUGGACCACCAACAAUCACCCAAAGAUCAGCUUGCAUUACGGGUAUAUAUAUCACUCAACUUUGAAGGUCAGAAGAGGAAUUCGGAGGAUGAAGACAGGUCAAUGCUAACGCACCCGUUUCCGCACAUUCUCGGCCUGGGACUCCUACUCCUCCAGAUCGGCCUUGCAAGGCCUAUCAAGUCAAUGGCGCACCUACCACUUACAUCUCGACUAAACAGAGACCAUGGUGCCGCUAGACAGCUACUUUGUGAGCUUGAAAAAGCGCAAUGGGCGCGAUCGACCCAUCGCGACAUCUUUGCAAGAGCCGUGGCGAAUUGCUUAGAUCCUAGAACAUUCACCACUUCUAACCCGAAAGCCAUGACAACGAAGAGUUCUACAAACGAUAAUCCUGUCACCGACACGGAUGGAGGCGGCAUAAGGCGGAAAGUCUAUACUGAAAUCGUCGAACCACUGUCAAAGCUCGUCAAUAUUGCCUUCAAAACUGAUGCAAAAUACGUAUCCUACUUAGCAAGAUGCAAGGAGGUCGAGAAUCACAACAAGCUCCACUCUCAAGUUGCCUCGUUCCACACAGGCAAGACCGUCGUUCCAGAAGAAUGGCUGGACAAUCUUAAACAUAUCAGUAUGCACAUUGUGAGCCUGCGGGAGAAAAAGCCAGAGCACGACUUCAAGCCUGUUAAGAUAGCGGUUCUAGAUACAGGAUGCGAUGCAGACUUACCGUUUUGCAAGAUACCAAGAAGGAAGAAGUCCAUAAAAGCAUGGAAAGACUUCACAUGUGAGGAGAGCGAAGACACGCCUGGUCCAGACUCGAUGGAAGACGAAUACGGGCAUGGCAGCCUGAUGACUCGGCUGAUCAUGGAAGCUGCUCCGCUAGCUCACGUUUAUGUGGUCCGAGUUGCCAAGGAUACUGACGAGCUCGAGUACAGCAGUGAUCAAAUAUCCAAGGCAAUUCGAUGGGCCGGACUUGAAGCAGAAGUGGAUAUCAUCUCCAUGUCCUUCGGCUUUCCCCACGACGAUGAUGCCAUCUCUACAGCGAUAGAAGAGGUUGAGCGAAGUCGCGAAAUCAUAUUCUUGGCUAGUGCUGGUAACAACGCGGCUUACCAACGGGAAGCCUUUCCCGCGAGACAUCGAUCGGUCAUAUCGGUCAGAGCAACAGACUGUCAGGGUACCUUUAAUGCCAGUAACCCUCCAAUCACUGAUCGAAGCACUAUUGCUCUCGGCACAUUCGGGGACAACCUACCAACCCGCCUCAACGAUGAGAUCGCCAAACGCUUUGGCCCUCAUAUAUGUCAUCCUGGAUCAUCGAUAGCGACAGCCGUGGCUGCUGGUAUAGCAGCGUCAACAAUAGGUUACGCAGAAGUUCUUUCGACAGUUCUUCCCAUACCAACAGAGCAAAGCCCGGUAAAGUGUUUGAAGAGAACCGAUGGCAUGAGAAGAUUGUUGGAAAAGAUGGCACCGGAUCAGACAGGGCAUAAUAGAUUUGUAAAUCCGAUAUGGUUUUGGAGUGAGAAGGCAGACGCAUGGAGGGCAUGGGCUGCUAUGUAUGAUGCAGUAUCACCAUUCAUGUACAGAUAA